GCUUAAACUCUUAUCUACUCUAUGCUUCCUUUCAAUACAAAUUUCUACCUCAAAUGCCAGGAACCAUUCUAGUAUCAGUUGUGAAGUUUAAGGGUCUUCAGUCAUCAUCAACACCGCCUCCACGAAUAUCUAUCAAUGUUUUCCUGGGGAAAAAACAGUAUCAAACUUGGGGCGGGGAAGACUUCUCCUUGUAAAGAUCCAAUAUAUCAGACUUUUAAAUGCAGUCCAUUAACAACCCUUCAGGACAAUUUGAAAAUUGAACUUCAUGAUGCUGAGGGAAAUGAGAUAUUAUGAACAGAUUUUGAAACCAGAUUGGUGGUCGAGAAAGGUCUUUGGGACCAGACUUUUCCCCUGGAUGGAGGUGGGCAUCUGCAUUUGAAGUUGCAAUUUAUCCCUAGUGAAGAAGAGCGGCAGUGGAUCCGCAUCAUGAGAGAAUCGGCAUUGAGAAGGAAAUAUGGGGAACUUACCAGUGCCAAUCUAACAAGUCUAGAAAACGCUACUAGUGUUGGUAUUACUGCUGAAUCAUCAUUGUUCCAUAACCAAGAGGUCUCAGGUUUGAUCUUGCAUAACCACUAAAAGUAUUAUAAGAAGAAAGUAAAAGAUGAAACAGAAAAUUUCUGGUUUAAGAUACAAUGUCUAGAAAUUUCUUUGUUUAAUGUUCUGACUUAUAGAGGUUUCAUUUUCUCAAGUUUCAGAAACAAGUCUUCUUCAAAGUGAAGUAGCAGCUGCACAAUAUGGUUUGGAAUCGACUACUGUAGACAUCACUAUGAAUGAAAGAUUAGGAACUGAAAAACAAGAAGAAACAUUUUCUCUUCAGAAGCAAGCUAUCCCAAUGGAUGCAAGGAGACUUCAUCAAUCACUUUUGACUCAAGGGUUUGAUGAGCAUCUAACUGAAGUAAGCUGCAGGAGUUUUGUUGAGAAGAUUGCGACUAUGACACCCGUGGAUGAUGUUCCUGAAAUGGCCAUUCGCUCAGAGGAAGCUUCUUAUCUGUCAGAAAGCUCAGAAUUGAUUGUUGCUGCAAAGAAUAAUUUAGUUGGCCCUAAACUAGAUGAAAGCAAUUCAGAUAGUCCACAGAUGCGGAGUCCAUUGGGGAAAGCUCCAAGCAAUGUGAGAAAUAUGAUAAGUGCCUUCGAAAGUAGUCUUCCUCAGGAUAUGAGACCUUAUGUGAAAUCACCACCACUUAAAUUUCAGUCGAACAAGAUUGGAACGGAAGGUCUAAAAACUUUGAUUUUCGUUGAAGUUAAGACAGACAAGGUUAAACCAACAGCAGGAGGUUUGCAACAGGCCUCAACAUAUACCAGGAAAGGAGGAGAUAAGCAUGGUUCUGUUUGAGCUGCCAGUGAAGCUAAAGAAUAUCUGGACACCAGGCAGCUCGAGUUAAGUAAAGCAGAUGUUAAAAGUAAAAGAAAAACUGAAAAUAUGAAGAAUGAACUUACAGAUAAUGAAUAUGAGUUAAAGGAAGGAAAAAUUUCUUCUAGAGAUUUGUUAAGAGCAUCCACAGGUAAAGCAGCUAAAGUUCCAGGAAGAAUGCGUGAUGGGCAUACAGGUGGAGACUGGUAAAUUUUUUAUGAAUCAGCGACAUUCCGCUGGAAAAUCAUCUAUAAAAUACAGUAGCAAAGGACGUUAUCCGGGAUGUUUAGAAAAGAACUGGAAAGAUAAACAUUACUCCUCCAUAUGUCAUGGUAACCGGAUAUUUCCAGUUGAAUCAAGAAGCUCGUGUAUAACAACUGGCAGCAAACAUUUGAUGCAUCUAAUGAGUAAUUGUCACACUGAAGGAAGAAUAAAUGGAGAAAAAGUUUCAGUAUCAGAAAAUGCAGAAGAGGUAUCUAAGUCCCAAAUAGGCUUUUGGUCUGUCGAUAUAUGUUUAGGAUGUCAUCUUGCAUUAUGAUUAUCAUGUGUAUGAUUUGAAAUUCAAUUGAUCUCACAUAUACAUGCGCACAUGCACAUGCUCAAGUAGUAUGUAUGAAAUUACAGGGAAUAAAGACGAUGAGAAAUCUAAUAAAGGGAGGAAUAGCAGUUUUUAAU